UAGGUUUGGCCCGCGCUGUACCGCCCCGUUGCUUCACUGCAGCCGCAAGCCUCGGAGGCCGGGAGCCGUGGGGCCUGGGCAGGCUGGGAUUUGUGUUGGGAAGGUCGCCGGACUUGGAUCGGAGCAGCACUUAAGGAGACGCGGUGCAGUCGAGUGCCUUUUGUUGACCUGGACGCGCAGGAAGCACCCACCGACCCGGUUGUGUGGCGGCAUUAUACCAGAUGGCAUUUCACCAGAUGGCAUUUCUGUACAGUUAACCCUCGCUCACCACAUCCCUUAUCGACUGAGCAACGUUUUAAAUUGACCCAUUUCCGGAGGCCACUGCUGACUUGUCACUCCCCAGGCCCGUUUACUGACAGUGGCCAUCUCUGGGGCGCCCAGUCACAACUUGGCGCCUACCUUUCCGAAGUUGAAAUGGAGUAGGCGGCAAAGCUUGAGGUUAAGAGCACAGUUUAAAUCCGGGCCCCGCCCCUGACUUGCCCGAAGACCUGGACUUAACUUCAGUCUCCCUCAAUUUGCUUAUCUGCGCUAGGAUCUCCUUGAGGUUGUGGCGAGAAUGAAAUGAGAUGAUGCUCCACCCGAGCAUGGAGCAGGUCUCUUUAAAGAAAGCAGCUAUUACGACCCUCCUUCACUGAGGUGUGGUCAGGGUUGGCUGGUGGACUUCCCGCACCCUCAAGAGAACAGGCAUUGUGAAGGAGGGCCGUGGGCCUCUAGUCUGAUGUAUGACGUGAGAAAAGUAUUGGGAGAGGAAGAUGAGUCUCCUUCACCCUUGGUGGGAGGCAGAGCCGCCAUGGGGACCACAGCCCAGGGGCCCUUUCACUUGCUGGAGCUAUGUGACCAGAAGCUCCUGGAGUUUGUCUGCAACGUGGACAAUAAGGACAUGGUGUGGCUGGAGGAAAUCGAGGAGGAGGCCCAGCGCAUGUUCACCAGAGAAUUCAGCAAAGAGCCUGAGCUGAUGCCUAGAACGCCUUCACAGAAGAACCGACGGAAGAAGAGACGAAUUUCUUCCAUUCAGGACGAAAACAGAGACCCUAUCCGGAAAAGGUUGUCCCGCAGAAAGACACGGAGCAGCCAGCGGAUCUCCCGGCACCUCCGCAGCAAGGACAAGGCGGAGAAACUGGCCACGGUGGUGGGCGAGAAUGGCUCCGUCCUGCGGCGCGUGACCCGGGCUGCCGCUGCAGCGGUGGCCACCUCUGCGGCAACCGCCCCUCCUUUACCCACCUCCGGAUCUCCUACCGUCCUGACCAAGAAGCCCAAGGAGAGCCCAACCCAGUGCCUGCCGGUGCCUGCGGUAGAGAUCAGUGCCAACGAGCGCCAGAGCGCCGAGAAGUACCUCAGUCAGCUCCAGUCUGCCCAGGCUCCGACACCUGCCCUGGCCCCGGCCUCCCAGAUCCCCUCGAGCUCGGAUGAGGAUUCAACACCCCAGAAGGCAGAGGCUGGGAGGCUGGACUCUGUCACCGUGAGCUCCCUGAUGACUACACCCCGGGACCCCAAGGGCCGAGGGGCCGGGGCAGGAAGGUCUGCCUCCAAGCUCCGGAUUGCAGUGGCUGCCCCGGGCCCACAGGGCUCACCCAGCUCUCCGACCUCCCCGUGGAGGGAGCGGGUGCUGGUUCCCCUCCAGCCAGAUAACUUCUCCACGCCCACGGGUGCCCGUGUCAACCGGCGGUCCGUGCGGCGAAGCCUGAUCGCCCCAUCCUCCCCGGGCCCCCAGAAUCACUCCCCGGUUUCCAAAGAAGAGGGCACUGUCCGACGAUCAAGCAGAAGGAUCGCCAAGAAGGCUGCCAAAGAGCCAACUGCCUCCGCCCGCAUCAUCUGUCACAGUUACCUGGAGAGGCUCCUGAAUGUUGAGGUGCCCCAGAAAGUCAGCCCCAAAGAGGAGGAACCCAGCAAGGAAGCUGAGCCUAAGGAGGCAGCUGAGCCAGAGGUCCCCAAGAACAAUGGCAAGGCCUUGCAGCUCCGCAGCACCACCAACAUCACCCUUAGCCCACCCGGCUCACAGCCUGCAGCCAGUGGCCAGGAGUCUGAGACUGACCAGGAAGAUGGCCCCAAGGAGCCACCCCAGAGUGUCAGGAGGAAGCGCAGCUACAAGCAGGCGGUGAGUGAGCUGGACGAGGAGCAGCAGCUGGAGGAUGAGGAGCUGCAGCCCCCCAGGAGCAAGACCCCCUCCCCACCCUGUCCUGCCAGCAAGGUGGUGCGGCCCCUCCGGACCUUCCUGCACACUGUUCAGAGGAACCAGAUGCUCAUGACCCCGACCUCAACCCCCCACAACAGCAUCAUGAAAUCCUUCAUCAAGCGCAACACUCCCCUGCGCGUGGACCCCAAGUGCAGCUUCGUUGAGAAGGAGCGGCAGCGCCUGGAGAACCUGCGGCGGAAGGAGGAGGCCGAGCAGCUCCGCAGGCAGAAGGUGGAGGAGGACAAGCGGCGGCGGCUGGAGGAGGUGAAGCUGAAGCGCGAGGAGCGCCUCCGCAAGGUGCUGCAGGCCCGGGAGCGGGUGGAGCAGAUGAAGGAGGAGAAGAAGAAGCAGAUCGAGCAGAAGUUCGCUCAGAUCGACGAGAAGACGGAGAAGGCCAAGGAGGAGCGGCUGGCAGAGGAGAAGGCCAGAAAGAAGGCAGCGGCCAAGAAGAUGGAGGAGGUGGAGGCGCGUAGGAAGCAGGAGGAGGAGGCGCGGAGGCUCAAGUGGCUGCAGCAGGAGGAGGAGGAGCGGCGGCACCAGGAGCUGCUGCAGAAGAGGAGGGAGGAGGAGCAGGAGCGGCUGCGGAAGGCGGCCGAGGCCAGGAGGCUGGCGGAGCAGCGCGAGCAGGAGCGGCAGCUGGCGGAGCAGCGCGAGCAGGAGCGGAAGAGGGAGCAGGAGCGGCUGCAGGCCGAGAGGGAGCUGCAGGAGAGAGAGAAGGCCUUGCGGUUACAGAAGGAGCGGCUGCAGCGGGAGCUGGAGGAGAAGAGGAGAAAGGAAGAGCAGCAGCGGCUGGCUGAGCAGCGGCUACAGGAGGAGCAGGAGAAGAAGGCCAGGGAGGCCGCGGCUGCCAGCAAAAGCCUGAACGUGACCGUGGAUGUGCAGUCUCCAGUUUGUACCUCGUAUCAGAUGACCCCCCAGGGGCACAGGGCUCCCCCCAAGAUCAAUGCGGAUGACUACGGGAUGGAUCUAAACAGUGAUGACUCCACCGAUGACGAGGCCCAUCCCCGGAAGCCCAUCCCCACCUGGGCCCGAGGCACCCAGCUCAGCCAGGCCGUCAUCCGCCAGUAUUACCAGCCCCCGGACCUUCUGGAUCUCUUCGGAAGCCUCCUCCAACUGGACUUGGAGGAAAUCUUUCAGAAGAGCAAGCCCCGCUACCAUAAGCGCACCAGCUCCGCCGUGUGGAACUCGCCGCCCCUACAGGGCCCCAGGGUCCCUGGCAGCCUGGCCUACAGCCUGAAGAAGCACUGAGCCGGGCCCAUGGGCCCGCUCGGCCGUCUCGGCCUUUGUCUGUGUCUGUCUGUCCGUCUCUCUGUUGACCCGGUGCCCUCCUGCCUGGAAUCCUGUCGCUGAGGGUUUGGUCAGGUGUAUAUAAACGUCCUCUGUGCCACGGGUGAAGAGCGGCCCAGGCCGGCUGGGAGGCUGAGCCUGGUGGGUGUUCAGGGAAGACAGGGCCCAGCCCCAGCUGGUCUGUUGACAGCACUCUGUAAAUAGAUUGUUAGAGUUGAGCUGAAUUUUAGCCUCUAGUGUUUGAGAGCUAGGUUAAUAAAGUCUAUUCCUUUAA